AUGGAAUCUCACAAUUCUUCCAACUUGCUUAAUGCUUAUAGCCACAUAUCGAAUUAUGUUUUCAACUUCAUCAAAUCUAUUUCACUUAAAUGUGUUGUUGAUUUAGGCAUACCAGAUAUCAUACACAACUAUGGAAAACCCAUGCCACUCUCAAAACUCAUUUCUUCACUACCAAUCCAUCCUUCAAAGAAACCUUACAUUUAUCGCUUGAUGCGAAUCAUGACUCAUUCUGGUUUUUUCGCUCAACAAAAUGUUACAGAGAAUGAAUUAGAAACUGAAUAUAUGUUAACGGAUGCAUCUAGAUUAUUACUUAAGGACAAUCCAAUGAAUGUGACCCCAUUUGUCCACAUGAUGCUCAGCCCGAUUAUGACAAAUCCAUGGCAUCAAAUGUCUACAUGGUUCAGAAAUGAGGAUUCUUCAGUAUUUGAAAUGACAAAUGGGAGGCAGUUUUGGGAUUAUGUCGCCCAUGAACCGAUAAUUAAUGGUUUAUUCAAUGAGUCCAUGGCAUGUGAUUCUCGAUUAGUGAGCGAUCUGUUGAUUGAGAAUGGCAAGGAAGUGUUAUGUGGAUUGGAGUCAUUGGUUGAUGUUGGAGGAGGCACAGGAACCAUAGGAAGAGCCCUUGCGAAAUCAUUCCCACAAUUGGAGUGUAUUGUAUUUGAUCUUCCACAUGUUGUUGAUGGCUUGCAAGGAAGUGAAAAUCUAAAAUAUGUUGGAGGAGAUAUGUUUCAAAAAAUUCCUCAAGCUAAUGCUGUUUUGUUGAAGUGGAUAUUGCAUGAUUGGAAUGAUGAAGAAUGCGUUAAGAUAUUAAAAAAUUGUAAGGAUGCAAUAGUAAAGAAUGAUAAAGAGGGAAAGGUGAUUAUCAUCGACAUGGUAAUGGAAGAAGAGAAGGAAACGAUUGAAACACAACUCUUAUUUGAUAUGGUCAUGAUGGUGUUUUUCUCUGGUAAAGAGAGAACAAAAAAAGAAUGGGCCAAGUUGUUUUCCUCUGCUGGUUUCAGUGACUACAAAAUAACUCCAGUCUUAGGGCUUAGGUCUGUCAUUGAGAUUUAUCCAUGA